GAAAAGAAGAAGGAGGGGGCGACAUAUUUAAGAAACCAUGUAGUGUUUUUAGACGGCUUAAAGUUGACUUCGGCGACCAUUUGUGUCAACGACCUGCCAGGAUGGACUCAUGGCUUCGCUUCAACUCGCAGAGUCAAGCCAAGGAGAGGGUCAUUCGGGCUGCUCAGUACGCCUGCACCCUGCUGGGCUACACGCUGCAUAAAGGCGGAGCUGGAGCUCAGCUGAGACAAACUGUCAGUCAACUGGAAGCACACCUGAGCCUGACAAGAAAACUUCUGCGCCUGGGGAACUCCAUGGAGGCCGUGGAAGCCGCCAAGAGGGCCAUCCACCUCUCGGACGGCGUGCUGAGGCUCUGCCUCACCAUCAGCCAUCUUAACCGAGCCAUGUACUUCGCCUGCGACAACGUCCUCUGGGCCGGGAAGAUGGGCCUCCUCCCCAAAGUGGACCAGCAGAAGUGGAGCCAGAGGUCCUUUAAGUACUACUUGUUCGCGCUGAUCCUCAACCUGACCCGAGACGUGUACGAGCUCCAUCUCCUGGUGGAGCGAGAGGCGCACAACAGAGCGGCCAAGUCUCCUCCCUCGCGUGACCCCAGCCCCACGCUCAUCGCCCCCGACCUGUCGUCCCCCUCCUCGCCCGCCGUGGCCGCCUCGCUGGCCCUGCCGUACCUGACGGCGUGGCUGCACAGACGGCUCCACCUGCUGGCCACGGUGUUGCACGGCAACCCGCCGUUGCUGCUGGAUCUCCUGAAGAACACGUGCGACGUCUUCAUCCCGUUGGACCGCCUGGGGAUGUAUCCCACCGGGAAAGGAUUUGUGGGCGCCUGCGGCCUGGCGUCGUCCACCCUUUCAAUCGUCACCCUCCUCCACCCUUGGCUUAAACUCAAGCCGUGAAGACGCCGCAGUGAGCAAAGGCUUCGUCCUCCUCUUCCUUCCUCUCCGGGGGCUUCUCGUAGGCCUUCUCCGACGGGGUCACGAUGAUGCCGUCCCACGUGGACAUCUCGGUGGCCAGAUCUGCAAAGAAUUAACAAAUCGCUCCAUAAAUACCAGGAAGAGAACGUUGGCAAUGGUCCCCCCCAUCUCCCCCCGCCCUCCCAGGAGGAGUCUCUUACAGCUUGCGUCUCCUUCCAGGCCCAGGAUCUUCCUGUAGCCCCCGUGGGACAGCACCCUCACCAGCGUUUGAGCUGUGAAACACACCAUGUCCUGCAAAACACACAAUAAACACACACACACAUGCUGCGUUCAGGAAAGACGGAAUGUUGCAUUAAUGAGAUCAAUACCACAGGAAGUAGAAAAGCUCCUUGCUAACAUCAGAGUCUAUAUUAUGUCUUAUUAAGUCCACCAUAUUGGCUAAAAAGUAGAGUAAAUGAGACUAUAGGGGUGUUGUUUCAUGUCUAGAGGGCUCUAAUAAGACUACAAAGCAAAUUUGUGUGAUUGUUUUGAUCAAAAUAUCGCCAUGACACUUUGAAGAGGCUAACGUGAAUAACAUGGAAGCUAACCUGCUGCUCCAGAGUCAUGACGGUGUGCACUCGAUAGUUCCCGCUCUCGCACGGGUCGGUGAUUCCCACCGAGCCGGGCAGGAAAAGGCCGGCAGCCAGCAUCUGAAGACAACGCCUUGACAAAAGAUUUCGAUGUUAAAACAAAGGACAGCAAAAACGGCGGCGGCGGCGUGCUAGCAGGGACUCACCUGUAGGCCACGUUUAGAGACAGAGGCUGGCGGGAUGGAUUAUUCAUGACGGCAGAGUGACCCUGCAACACACACAUUAUGUCACCGUCGGGUUAUGCUACACGUUGGUCCAAAAUGGCCGACAUCCUGUUUGUAUGCUAACAUAAGCGCUUGGGAAUUUUUUUUGUGCAACAUGACAUGACAGAAGUCCACCAUAUUUGGUCAUAAAACUAAAACUAAAUGUGAGUUUGGGGGUUUAAGGACCCCUCAAAUGUCUCACUUUGCAUCUGUCAAACUAUGGUGAGUUUUCAUGCAUGUUUAAGCUCCACGAGGAAACACACCGACUACUACUACUACUACUACUACUACUACUACUACUACUACUACUACUACUACUACAACAGUAAACCUCGGAUAUAUCGGAAAUUCGCUCACAACGGACAGAUAAAAAAGACCCGAUUUUUCUGUAAUGCAUUCCCAAUAAAAAUUCAUUGCAUAUAUCGGAUUUUUUAUAACGGAUUUCGCCUAUUUCGGACAAAAUCUCCAGUCCCGUUCCAAUGCAUUUCCAUUAAAUUUCCCCUCGCAUAUAUCGGAUGGCCGCAUCGUGGCGCUCCGAUUCGCCGAAUCGUGACAGGCCGCUAUACGACGUCAUUUGCAGCGUUUGCAGCGUUGCCUGCGCGUCCAGGUACAUUGGAAACAUAGUCAAGGAAGUGCCUUUUUAUAACGGAUAAAAUCCCAUUUACGCAUAUACCGGAUAUAAAUCCGAUAUAUGCGUAAAACGGACAUUUUCCGCAUAUAUACGCAUAUAACGGAUUUCGCUUAUAUCGGACAAAACCAGUGGGAACAAUUGAAUCCGAUAUAUCCGAGGUUUACUGUACUACCACUAAUAUUUCAAUAGGACCUUGACAGCACCAUUACUACAAUAAAUGACAGAUUGUGCUUGACCUUAUUUGUUGUACUAGGACAUGGGCGGGCUAUCGGUUUUCAACGUAUACCGCAGUACCCAGGACGGCGACUAUGUGGAAAUACUUUAUCUAAUGUCCCGUGUUAUUCCCGGCAGUCGGAAAUGUUGUCUUCGAUGUUAUAAAACCACAGGCGUAUGCUGUGUUGUCACAUGUUGGGUAUAAAUAGCGCCGCUACGGCGAAUAAACGUCCGAGUUGCCAACAGUCACAUGACCAGGUAAGCUAUCUGAUAGCGAGUCAUGCCUAGCGGUACAGUAAGCAUAAGAAAAAGACAUGUGGUCUCACCAGGAGGUCUAGGAUCCAAGGCGUGAGAGGUUCAAAGCCAGGGAAGCGUAGCCUCAGGUCCUUCAGCAGGCGGAUCAAUACUUUCACCCUAAAUACCAGGAAAAUGUUGAUCACAUUGAGGAGUGGGUGUAAUAUAGUCUGGAUAAAGUGGAAGUGUUUUUUUGCUUACGUGGAAUGAGAAGCAUUUUCCUCGAACCAGCGGGCGUGGCGGAUGGCGGCAAGGGCGCUCUGCAGCACCUUGAUGUCCACUGCAGAGAAAACAGCAUCAGGUAGUUAGCGUGACGCUAUUGUAGCAUUUAUUUCUGCAUGUGCUCGUACAGUGUAGCUCGGGGUCCAGCUUGCGUAGGUUGGGUGGGACGGUGGUGAUGAGGAUCUUCACUGUUGCAUCCGCUGAGCUGAUCUCAAAGCCCGUCUCGUUGGUCAGCAUGGACAGCACUGACACACACACACACACACACACCAUUGUCAGAAGACAUGCACAACAUUUGGUGUACAUGUCCAAACUACAAAAGCACUAAAGAGUCAAAAUCCCCCCCCAUAUUGUAAUUUUCACCAUAAAUAUUAGUCCUCCAUUUAUCUAUCUACAUAUUUACAUUCCUUGACCAUGAAUACAUACCAUGGGAGGGUCUCAAUGACUUAAAGAAUGCUAACAUUAGCAUGUUAACACCGCGCAUGGUCAAAAAUGCUACAAUGCCAAUGUUAGCAUGCUAACACCAAACAUAAUAGUGGUGUCUAAGUUCAAGUUCCUAUUCAUGAAAAUUUUUAAAAUGCAUGUAUGAUCAUGUUAGCAUGGCAACACCUAGCAUAAUGGUGUCUACUUGUGAAAAUGGCCAAAAAUACUACAAUGCCAAUGUUAGCAUGCUAACACCAAACAUGAUAGUGGUGUCUCAGUUCAAGUUCCUAUUCAUGAAAAUUUUUAAAAUGCAUGUAUGAUCAUGUUAGCAUGGCAACACCUAGCAUAAUGGUGUCUACUUGUGAAAAUGGCCAAAAAUGCUACAAUGCCAAUGUUAGCAUGCUAACACCAAACAUAAUAGUGGUGUCUAAGUUCAAGUUCCUAUUCAUGAAAUUUUUUAAAAUGCAUGUAUGAUCAUGUUAGCAUGGCAACACCUAGCAUAAUGGUCUACUUGUGAAAAUGGCCAAAAACGCUACAAUUUUAGCAUGCCAACACCAAGCAUUAUAGUGGUGUAUGUAUUAAGUUCCUAUUUCAUGAAACUUGCAAAAAUGCAAGUAUGCUCAUGUUAGCAUGGUAACACCUAGUAUAAUGGUCUACUUGUGAAAAUGGCCAAAAAUGUUACAAUGCCAAUGUUAGCAUGCUAACACCAAACAUGAUAGUAGUGUCUGUUUAAGUUCCUAUUCAUAAAAAUUGCAAAAAUGCAAGUAUGCUCAUGUUAGCAUGGUAACACCUAGCAUAAUGGUGUCUACUUGUGAAAAUGGCCAAAAAUGCUACAAUGCCUAUGUUAGCAUGCUAACACCAAGUAUGACAGUAGUGUCCGUUUAAGUUCCUAUUCCUGAAAAAUGCAACUAUGCUCAUGUUAGCAUGGCAACACCUAGCAUAAUAGUCUACUUGUGAAAACAGCCAAAAAUACUACAAUGCCUAUGUUAGCGUGCUAACACCAAACAUGAUAGGAGCGUCUGUUUAAGUUCCUAUACAUGAAAAAUGCAAGUAUGCUCAUGUUAGCAUGGCAACACCUAGCAUAAUAGUCUACUUGUGAAAAUGGCUAAAUAAUGCUACAGUGCCAAUGUUAGCAUGCUAACACCAAAGAUAAUAGUGUUGUUUAUAUGAAAAUACCCCUAAAGAAAUGCUAGUAUGCCAAUAUUAGCAUGCCAACACAGAACUUUUAAGUGACUUUGAACACAGAUAAACGCAGAUAACCUUCAUGCUACACUUUGCGCUAGGUCGUAGUCGUUGAGUGGGUACCUUCAGUGGGGUCCUGGGUGCGAAGAGUCUCCACUACUUUGUUUCCCAGAGCAGCGACGGCCUCCACUGAAACACAACAUCCUUUAAAAGUUAGUGUGUAUUCCAAACAUGGAAGUACAUCAUGUAUGAACUUUGUGUGCCACACAGGUUCUCCCUUCCCGAUCAAAGAUCAACUUUGAUUGACACGUUCCUAAAAUGCGUUUGUGGUUGGGAAGGCAGGCAUGCGGCCGCCAUUAACAGACUGCUAAGACUCACAUGUGGGAAGAAUCUUGAGGAUGACCACCAAGUCGGCAACGUUGUGUCCGGUCGUCAUGGUGCCCUUCUUGUAGGAGCCCACCUGACGCACCUCCUCAAUUUGCUGCCAACGCACAUUUGAUUAUGAGUGACGUCAGUUGAUUGACAGCUUGUCAAGAAAUCACAUAUUCACGAUUCAACAUUCCCAACGAAUGCGAGGUACGCUGAAGAUAUCGCCCGAAAUAGGACUCACCACUUCAAAGGUGCCAGGCGCAACGAUGAGGUUAUCAAUGACAUUGUUGAUCUUGGUCACCAGGGACAAGAUGGAGGACUAAAAAUGCAGAAGCAAGCCCAUUAAAACGAGGUGCCGUCAAAGAAAGUGACUGAAUUAUGACCAGCAUGCAUCUGUGCUGACCUGCUCUGAAGGCGUCGGGCUCAGGUCCUGAUUUCUCUUCAGCAGACACUCGCUGAACAAACUCUCAUCGGGUGCGGGCUUCACUCUGGGGAAGGCCAUCUCACACUGAGGAGGACAACAGUCAGUUGAUAUCAUGUCAUUCACAUUUUUAACUUAUCUUUUAUACAUUUUAAGAAAUUUUAGUUUUUGUGUUACUACCCCAACCUUCCAUAAGUGGGUCAAAAAUGACCCGGUCAGGUUGUUUUUCUUGAAAUAUCUUUGGAAUUAAAUUUUUUUAGCAUUUCAUAUUCCAGGUAUUCCUCAAAAAACAUGUUUUUGAUAUCAUGCCGUUCACAUUUUUAACUUACCUUUUAAGAAUUUUUUGUGUUACUACCCCAACCUUCCAUAAGUGGGUCAAAAAUGACCCGGUCAGGUUGUUUUCUUGAAAUAUCUUUGGAAUUAAUUUUUUUAAUCAUUUAAUAUCUAAGGUAUUUCUCAAAAAACAUGUUUUUACUAUCAUGUCGUUCACAUUUUUAACUUUCCUUUUAUACAUUUUAAGAAAUUUUUGUUUUUGCGUUACUACCCCAACCUUCCAUAAGUGGGUCAAAAAUGACCCGGUCAGGUUGUUUUCUUGAAAUAUCUUUGGAAUUAAUUUUUUUUAUCAUUUCAUAUUCCAGGUAUUCCUCAAAAAACAUGUUUUUGAUAUCAUGCCGUUCACAUUUUUAACUUACCUUUUAAGAAAUGUUUGUUUUACUACCCCAACCUUCCAUAAGUGGGUCAAAAAUGACCCGGUCAGGUUGUUUUCCCUUGAAAUAUCUUUGGAAUUAAUUUUUUUAAUCAUUUCAUAUUUAAGGUAUUUCUCAAAAAACAUGUUUUUGAUAUCAUGCCAUUCACAUUUUUAACUUACCUUUUAUACAUUUUAAGAAAUUUUUGUUUUUGUGUUACUACCCCAACCUUCCAUAAGUGGGUCAAAAAUGACCUGGUCAGGUUGUUUUCUUGAAAUAUCUUUGGAAUUAAUUUUUUUUGAUUAUUUCAUAUUUAAAUGUAUUUCUCAAAAACAUGUUUUUGAUAUCAUGCCAUUCACAUUUUUAACUUUUAGACAUUUUAAGAAAUUUUAGUUUUUGUGUUACUACCCCAACCUUCCAUAAGUGGGUCAAAAAUGACCCGGUCAGGUUGUUUUCUUGAAAUAUCUUUGGAAUUAAUUUUGUUUUAUCAUUUCAUAUUCCAGGUAUUCCUCAAAAAACAUGUUUUUGAUAUCAUGCCAUUCACAUUUUUAACUUUUAUACAUUUUAAGAAAUUUUUGUUUUUGUGUUACUACCCCAACCUUCCAUAAGUGGGUCAAAAAUGACCUGGUCAGGUUGUUUUCUUGAAAUAUCUUUGGAAUAAAAAUUUUGUAUCAUUUCAUAUUCCAGGUAUUCCUCAAAAACAUGUUUUUGAUAUCAUGCCAUUCACAUUUUUAACUUACCUUUUAUAUAUUUUAAGAAAUUUUUGUUUUUGUGUUACUACCCCAACCUUCCAUAAGUGGGUCAAAAAUGACCCGCAUGCAUUUUCUAUGAAAUUCAAUAGGAACCUUUGAUUCUUAUUAACUUAUCAACUCCUAAAUAUAAUACUAAAUAUCAUACAAGUGAUUAUUCCUAACCAAAAUGGCAAAAUUGGCAUAAAAAGGCAUUGAUUCUAGUAUGGGUCAUUUUUGACCCACUUAUGGAAGAGUGUAGGGUCCACAGUCACUCAUGCAUCUAAGGGUUAAGAAAGCUGGAUCCUAUUGUGUUCAGUGUUUACAUUUCAAUAAAUAUUUGUUAUCGUUAUUUUUUUCAUGUAAAUUGAGGGAGCAAAAGCAGUAUCGGCCACAAGCAAAAUCGGCCAUCGGCUAAGGGUGAUGGAAAAAAUUGGUAUCCCUAGUAAAAACUAGGGAUUGCAUAAGAAAAUUAUGUGUUUAAUAAGAAAAUGAGGAAACUCUCAAAGCACACCACCAAAGAAUAAUGUAUGACUGACGUGGUCAUUGUGUACUUUCUGCCGUACAUACAUCAACAUAAAUACUUUAUUUCCACUACAUUUUGGCACCAGUUAAUUGGAAUUUAAUGGCAGCGGAACAACAAAACCCUCACAUUCAACCACACAACACACACGUUUUACUCACCACAUAAAAGUCGAAUGGGAUGUGUGGAACAAAUGGGCGAUACCUGAAAAAGGAACAAAAUACCUUCUGUUAUGAUACAAACCAUACUGGAUGUUAAACAACAUACAUACUUUUUACCAACACCUACAUGUGUUUAACAUUUACUAGAGACAGGAAGCCAUUUCACGUGGAUUCAAGUAGCCCGUGUGACCUGGAUGUGUACACACACAAAACUAUUUGCAUCUCAAUUUGCUUAAUUUAUGAUCUUGGUCAAUUUAUUUUAGUUUUAUUUUAUUUUUAAAAUUUUUAUACAGUGACAAUACAUUCAUAUUGAUAAUUGUUUCAUGACUAACAAUGUCUUUGUAAUAUUUACACAACAUCUGCAUCAGAUGCAUUUAUUUUGAAAUUCUUAUUUCAUGGUGCUUUUUUUUGGUCUUAUACGGUGCAAAGUGUGC